CUGUAACAACAUUUAUUGAAGUAGAGCAUCAGAAACGUCUUUCUGCAAGAUAUUUUAUUGAGAAGCUUUACAGUCUUAUAGCCAGUACUACACUAGUUAUCAAAGAAACAGAUUUUGAUGCAGUUGCUACUUCCCAGAAUCUUGAUCCUAAAGAAGCUAAAAAUCUUAAAUUUGACCAAGAGCGCUCUAUCCCAGAUACUAUAGCACUUAAACAUUUCUAUAUACGAAAUAUUUAUGGUAAAGAUAUAGAUAAUGAGAUUUGGGAUAAUCUUUGCAAUAAAAAGUUUGUAAAAUAUUUCAGUCUGCCCGAACCUCAGAAACAUUUCUUGCGGUUAUCUCACUUUAGAAAGCAAGGCUAUGAUGAGGAAAGUGCAAUGAAAGG